CUCCCUUCAUCUGUCUCUCUCUCUCUUAACUGUCCUGAAAUGCAGACUGUAGUCAAGGCAAGGCCUUCUGAUGGAUUGUGUCGGCUUCGAGUCCACCUUUAGCUGUGUUUCCUGUAGCCCCACAAUCGCUUCAGGCAAGCCUCUUCUUCAUGCUACUGCACGCUGUUCAUUCCUUAAAUUUUCCAACUUUAGGAAACUCAGAAGCUCUUCAUCUUCAGCUUCUUUCAGACCACCUUCAAACACCAAAAACUCUCUUACGAACCGAAAUAACAACUUCUGGGGCUUAGUUAAAAUCUUGCAGAAUAUCAAAGAUUCGAUUUUUUCGCGAAUACAGGGAUGGGAUUCCGGCAUACAAGCCUGUAGCGAUUCCCAGAAGGUUUGGGAUAGUCAUAGAGAUAAUUACUUACAGAACGGAGGGAUAGGGGUAGCUCUGGUUAGCGUAACGUCCAAUGUGAAGGUCAAGAUCAGUCCUUUCGUGGCGACAUUGGCGUCCAAUCCCACGUUUGUUUCGGGUUUGUUCGCGUGGUUUGUUGCGCAAUCGAUUAAGGUGAUAUUGAACUUCUUCGUGGAGAAGAAGUGGGAUUUGAGGAUACUGUUUGCUUCGGGAGGGAUGCCUUCUUCUCACUCUGCUCUCUGUACUGCACUGACAACGUCGGUGGCACUCUGUCACGGCAUCUCGGAUUCAUUGUUCCCUGUUUGUCUGGGGUUUAGCUCGAUUGUUAUGUAUGACGCGAUUGGUGUGCGGCGACAUGCUGGGAUGCAAGCCGAGGUUCUCAAUAUGAUCGUUGAGGAUCUGUUUCAAGGGCAUCCAAUCAGCCAGAGAAAGCUCAAAGAACUUCUCGGGCACACGCCGUCACAAGUCUUUGCAGGAGCUCUGCUUGGGAUUCUUGUUGCCUGUAUUUGUUGUCAGGGUUGCUUAGUUACAACCUGAUUGUUUUGCAGGCUGCCUUUGUAUCAAACAAAUAAUGCAACAUUUUCCAUGGUUGGAUAAUGUCAAAAAUGGAUGGAAAUCGAUUCUUUUCUCUUCCUA